UUCUAUCUAGUACUUGUUUACAUAGUAUAUGAUCGUUACAUGGUUAGAUAAGUAACCCUAAAAGUAGGUCUAGUUUUUACCAAAAUUGAUUUGUAAAUUGAAAACAAAUGGCUCAGUUACCUUCAGGAUUUGUUUCUCAUACCAGAAAAGUAUGUAGUCUUUACAAACGUGCUUUACGUGCAAUUGAAGAUUGUUAUCAAGCUAGACACGACAUUAGAUAUCAUUCAGUUAUAUUAAGGCAACGCUUUGAAGAACAUCGUAACAUAAAAGAUGUACGUGUUGCCAAAAAACUGUUAUUAGAUGGUGAAGAAGAACUGUUUCAAAAUCAGCAUUAUCAGCCAAAAAAAUUUCCUGAAUCUGUAGGUGGAGUAGCUUAUAAUCGAUCGCCUUAUAUACCAGAUUCUGUUCUUGACUAUUGGGAUGGAAAUGAAAAAGCUAGAUAUCCAAAAUACUUUGCAUUAAGAGAAGAACUUAAAAAAGAGUAUGAAAAGUUAUAUUAUAAAUUGUAUCCUAAAACUCCUGAAGAAAAAAAGAAGUAAACAUUUACAGUAAGAAAUUGGUAUUUAUAUAGGUAUAACGUUUAGAUGUGAUAUUUAUCUGUAUAUAUAAAAAAUAAAAAGUUGUUAAUACCUUUA